UCCGCUUAAGUGGAAACCGGGCCUAAGUCGUGGCAAUCAUCUAGCUGUAAAAUAAUCUUGAGCGACGAUAGUCAGUUAUCAAAUACAAUACAGUCAAAUACAAGUGCACAAUAAUUUAAAAGAAAUGCCUCUCGACGAGAAAAUAGAAACUGGUAAUAAAAAGGAGGUAAAGAAGAAGUUAGAUCUGGACGACGUGCUGACGCAGGAGCUGGGGCAGCUGGGCAAGUAUCAGCUGCUGACCAUCCUGCUGGCGGCGUUUCCGACAGUCUUCGCAGCGAUGGCUAAUAAUGAGUAUAUCUUUACCACCGCGAGGAUCCCUACGAGAUGCCUAAUACCGCAAUGCGACGGUGAUAAGCCAGAAUUUGCUCCAGAAUGGUUGCUCAAUGCCAUCCCAGGGAGCAGCAUGGACAGCUUCGACAACUGCGCGCGAUAUCGGAACAGCUCCGCGGAGAGCGGCGGCGCGGGACAGUGCGCUAAGGAGUGGUUCGACUCCACACAGACUGAGCCUUGCGAGGAGUACGUGUACCAGAACACGCUGACCAUUGUGUAUGACUUUGAGCUGGCGUGUGAGGAAUGGAAACGAUCGCAAAUAGGUUCACUCCGAACGAUAGGAACCAUGUUGGUACAGCCAAUCACCGGCUACAUCUCGGACCGCUGGGGCCGUCGCGUGGCCCUCAUCCUCAACACCUUCAACACCGGCUGCUUGGGGCUCGUCAGGUCCUUCAUCCACUCCUAUAAUUGGUUUCUCGUCACUGAGAUCCUCGAAGAAGCUGUCGGUGGUGCGGCCUUCAUGUCAUGUUAUAUUUUAGUCACUGAAUUGGCUGGUCCUCAACGUCGAGUGAUUGCAGGAGCCACUAUGUCCACAAUAUCUACUUUGGGGCAAAUUGUCCUUGGUCUGGUCGCGUGGGGCGUGCCCGCCUGGCGUCCUCUGACACAAAUUAUCUACGCUCCACACUUGCUCAUUGUAACGUACUUCUGGCUUAUAUCAGAAUCGGUCCGCUGGCUCAUGAGCAAAGGUCGAUACGAAGAGUCUGAAGCCAUUCUCAAAAGAGUAGCAAAAAUGAAUAAAAGACCUCUGUCAGAUAAAUUUUUGCAAGUGCUCCGUGCUCCUGCAGAAGUUGAGAAGUUAAAAGAAAAGCCUAGCGAACCUUGGUUGGUGACUCAAGUCAUAAAAUCUCCCAUUAUGCUAUUGCGCUGUGUCAUUAUUCCAAUAGUGUGGAUCACGACUGGACUGGUGUUCCAUGGAAUAAUAAUCAACUCUGUGAAUCUGUCAGGAAAUAGAUAUCUCAACUAUAUUUAUGUGGCUCUGGUAGGAAUUCCUGGUUACUGGACCGCCAUCUUGCUGUUGGAUCGAAUCGGCAGAAAGCCUGUGCUGAUCGGUGGAUUUUGGUUAUGUGCAGGGUGUCAAAUUGGAUAUGCUUUGAUGCCAAGUGGUUACAAAGGCUUAUCGCUUAUGCUUUACUUGGUCGGUAAAUACGCCAUAUCGACCGUGAUGACCAGCUUGUACGUGUACACGGCAGAGCUGUACCCCACCAAGUACCGCCACAGCCUGUUGGCCUUCACGGCGACGGUGGGGCGCCUCGGGGCCAUCGUGUCACCUCUCACACCUGCCAUGGCAUUGACAGUUUGGGAGCAUUUCCCAUCUGUGCUGUUCGGUUCGUUCGCGCUGCUGUCGGGGCUGCUGCUCUUGCUGACGCCGGAGACGCUGGGCAUCAAGCUGCCCGACACCAUGGAGGAAGCUGAGCAGUCCAGCUUACGAACACGAAAUAAAUCUCUGCAAUCAUAGAUAAUUUCUUGAUUAUUUUUAACGAUCAAGCCUUUUCGAUGACGUCACAAACAGUAUAAGGGGUGGUCAUUUACAUGAUUUUAUCAGUAUUAUACAAAACAUCUUAAUAUCUAUCAUUGAAGUUGGCAUACGGGGUGAUAUAUUCUAGUCAUGGUAGCAGUGAUAGCAAACAUAAUAGUCCUUAAUCUAAGGUGGGUAAAAAUAUUAAAUCACUAAAACUAUAAGUAGGUAUAAGGAAAUUGGUUUUUGGCAUAGGAUUAUGGUAUGGUAGCAAUA